AUGGUUAGAUUCUAUUGUUUGUACUGCAAAUCUUACCUUACCCAUGAUACUGCUAGCGUACGGAAAUCGCAUCUUCAAGGUAAGAACCAUAUACGUUUAGUUGCUGACUACUACCGGAAUGUGUCAAUAAACGAAGAGAAGAGGCAAAGGAAAUCUACUAAGAAGAGAAAACGUUUGCGCAAAACUCCCAGCAAUGAUGAAGAGCAGAGAAUCGUACAGCCGGUGGCUAUACACUGUCCCACAAACAAGAAGAAAAGAAUGGCCGAGAGACUAAAGAAAAGGGAUGUACUCGAAGAGUUCGAUGUCUUGAACGAAAUAUACAAGGGAUCGCCAGGCUAUGAGCGGAUAUUCAAGCCAGAAAAUAGAGUGGAUGUUGGGCACUUGUUGAAAGUCAGUAAACAGCCGCAAAGAGGAAAUAUUCAUACCAACACUACCACUGGUGUUUCAACCAAACAGAAUAGUAACGCGCAAUCACAACUCCCUCCUCCAAGAACAUUAACGUCAAACAACACAUACUCUACAAAAUUCCACGAUCCAUCGCUACUGCAGCAGUCUAUAAACCAUACUGUAAAACAGAUCAAGAGGCAGACUACAGCAUAA